AUGAAAACAGCGGGGUCAUCAGAUUCCUCACCUGUCUCGAGCGACAAAUCGCCUAAAACCAGCACUGAAUCUGACGAGUCGACCCCCGAAGAAACUAAGGCUCUUACUCCCAUCAGGUCAUGUUCCCCGGCGAGACCAAAAAAGGCAGUGGCCUCUUGGCCGCCCCCGGUGGGACCGGCUGAUCUAUACCAACCCAUGGAAGAUACGAUUGUUCCUUUGUUUUUCAAUUCCUACCUGUACCUACCGAAAGGUCCUCACAUUCGAAAUGGGUUCAUGGAAAUUUUGCCUGGCAUGUUUUCGAAUACCAAGCCUGGAUCAUAUCUUCAUACCAGCACUUUGGCCGUUGCAUUCUUUACUGUGGCUGCAUGGACUGGGCAAGCUCCGUUGCUGCGCGCUUCGGAGCGGUAUUUUACCAAGGCAUUGCCGAAAAUUCGAGAUGCUCUGCGCACGAACGAAGACUCGGAGUUUGACGAUAUUCUUGUCUCUAUUCUUUUACUUUCUACAUAUGAGGAAUUCGUGGCCAUCAAAGACUGGGAGUUGCCACUCAAAGCUCACCUCAGAGGAGCCAUAGCACUAAUAAACGAAAAGAGAGCGAAACAGCUACCCGACCCUCGAUCUUCAACAAUAUACAAUGCAGUUGAAUCACAAAUCAUCAAGACGACUCGAGGUCUGGACAAUCCAAUGGUCCCGACACCGCAGGUCUGGCCCUUGUCACUAUCUGCUAACACGCCUCCCUCACCGCGCGUUCUACUUUCUUCUGCCGCCUCAGAACUUGUCAAUCUGCGACACGCAUGGGAGCGUAUGAUGACCUCAUCAGCCAAAGAAACAGAAGCAACCACAAUUCUCGCCAAAGCGAAUGACAUAGACAUCAAACUCGUUUCAUGGUCAUACUGGGUUCCAGAGCAUUGGAUGCCUAUCGCCGCAACCAUAAUCCCACAAUCCGUUCGGAACGCCGGGCUCUGGCGCAAUCGAUGUGACUGCUACUCCGACAUGUGGAUUGCGGUGACAUGGAACACUUUUCGCGACUGCCGCAUCCUUCUACAAAGUAUCAUGCUCAGUUGCCUGCGCAUACUUUCUUCGCAAGACCCAGACGGGCGAAGGGUCACUGCGGUUCAAAAUACAAUCCGCAAAAUCGCGGAUGACAUAUGUGCAACUGUCCCGUUCUUCCUCGGCAGUCAGGUCGAGUCUAUUCGUAUGAAGUCUGGUCUCGUCGAGUACCCUUAUGCUGAAAACAGACCGGUCACUCUCACCCAUAAGCAGUCAGCUCCGUUGAUGGGUCCCUGGCACAUGUUUGCUUAUUUGAGGAAUCUUCUGAAUGCUGAUUUGGGUCUACCUUUGGACCAGCAGGGCUGGCUCAAGGAGCAGAUGGAGAGGAUAUUAGUCAUAUAUUUCCAACGAUAA